AUUAAUACUGGACAGUCCCCACCGUCUCCAAGUCGAAGCCAGCAGCAUAUAUGAGAAACAUUAUAAAUAUGUAUAUUAUAUAUAAAAAAACAUCAAAGCACACAAAAAACCAAACAGAUACCGAAGAGCAAAAGCAAAGCAGUGGUGAGUGGUGGUGGGGUGAGUAAAAGGUGCAGACUCCCAAGUCUCUCAGAAGUGAUGAAAUAAAAAAAAUAUAAGAAGGUUCCAGGGAUCAAGGGUCAAGCUCAUGUGCCUUCAGACCCACAAGACGAGGAAAAUCCAACAAGCAGCAAAAGUUGGUGCAAUGAGAGCUGCUGGAGAAGGUGGAACAAGAAAAGGAAGCAGAAAUGGCCGUAGAGAAGCUAGAAGCAUUGCGAUUUUCAUCUUCUGUGUCGUUUUAAUAUUUGCUCAAACGAGUAAUUUGAUGGUUUUUGCCAGUACUCCUACUACUAGUACCAGUCACGACAAUGAGUGGACCGGUCGGAUAAUGAGGUCAUCGCCGCAGAGGAAAGCACGAGUUUUGGGCAAGGUAUCGUUUUACGCACCUUCGAGUAGUCCAUCUCACCAUGUUCAUCGUCUUCCGGCGAUCAACGGUGACCCGGGCAAGCUAUACGGAGAUGACAAGAGAAUAGUUCAUACAGGUCCAAACCCUCUUCACAACUAACUAAUAUCGAAUUCAAUUAAUGUUCUGAUUUCGAUAUCAGUGGUUGUGAUUAGGGUUUACUAUGUCACUGCACGGCCGCUUCUGCUGCCGCUGCUGCUGCUUCUCCUGUGUAUUCCAGUACGUACUACUGCUAGCUUAGCUACAGUUAGCUAGCUAGAAUUUUCAAGUGAAAUAUGACUGUAACAUCUUUAUGUCAUUAGUUUUUCUUUUCUUUUAUUUUUGUUGUUUUUGAGGUAGAAAGAAUGAGAGCAUGGCUCUAGCCUUUUCCAGUAGGGUUUGACGAUUAGGGUUACGGGCAGAGGAGCAAAUGCAGAGACUAGUAAGAGGAAGGGAAAAAAUUGGAAAGGCUAGUUAAUGCUCUUGUUUUCUUUUUGCAGUGACUCAUAAAAUUGCAGUGACUCAUUAUAUAUUCUUCUCCACUUUAA